AUGCGUUACGUUUCGGCUUACUUGCUCGCCGUUCUCGGAGGAAACGCCAACCCAAGCGUGAGUUCUUUGACUAACAAUAGUUUCACCUCGAUGAAACCUUGAAAAUAAUUAUUUCAAUAAUUUAUAUAACUUUUUCAUUAAAAAAAGUUUUUUAGGUUGACGACCUCAAGAACAUCCUCAGCGCUGUUGGAGUUGACUCAGAUGCCACCACCGCCAAACUCGUCGUUGAAAGACUCCACGGAAAGACCGUCGAGCAACUCAUCGCCGAAGGAGCCUCAGGACUUGUCUCUGUAAGUUUUUUUUCAAAUGAAAAAAUAAGGUUGUGAUUUUUAGUGCUGACUAGAAAAGUUUUCGAAAUGAUAUUCUUAGAAGAAAUUAAUUCCUAGUUAUAACGAAAAGUUCACGUUAAAAUUUUAAAUUCCUACUCCAUCAUUUUCAAAAAAAAAGUUGAGAUUUUGCUGACGAUAAGUUUCUAAGUUUCUUUUUUGGUUUUUUCAAUGACAGUGAAAUUACUUUCCGGAAUUUCAAAAAUUUAUAUUACUUCUAAGAUUCUACCUGACAAUGUGGGUAUUUUAUAUUUCAUCUGUUGAUAUAUCAAAAAACAUUUUCAGGUCUCCGGAGGAGGUGCCGCACCAGCCGCCGCUGCUGCUCCAGCUGCUGGAGGAGCUGCCCCAGCCGCCGCCGCCCCAGCUGCCAAGAAGGAAGAAGCCAAGGAAGAAUCCGACGACGACAUGGGAUUCGGUCUCUUCGACUAA